CCAGUUUUUUGCAGCUUUAACAAUGCACUGGUUCGUGUUCUGUGUAAUAUCUGUGUUCUUUGGAAAUUAUGUUGUUAAAGCAUAUAGUGGAGUAGAAGAAAUGUACUACUGGAAAGAAAUAAUUUACGAAGACCUUCCUCUGAAUGAUGAUACACUCAUUGGAAAAUAUCCAUAUUUUUUGCCUUACAAUAACGAUGUCAGUGGAGUAGAAUAUCAUGCACAGAGUGGAUUAAUGGUGACAACUGUGGCUAGAAUCCGUCCAGGAAUUCCAUCAACUCUCAACGCUUUCUGUGUGGCUGAUUAUGCGAAAGGGACAAGUCCACACAUUUGGGGAUUUCCAAACUAUGAAAGGAACUUGCUGAAAGCUUCUUUUUAUGAGAGUGGAAGUAGUAGAAAUUUACAAAGCACGGAAAAAUAUUCUGCAGGAUACUACAACUUCUUUUAUAGAACUAAAGAGAGCAAUGGUAGAAAAAAUGUCCACCAGAGUAUCUCUUUAUACAAUGACUACAGCCAUGCAACAGAUUAUUGCAUAAUUAAUUUGUAUUGCCCAAAUGUAGAUAAUUUUUGCAAUCGCCUCUACAUCGUUGACACGGGAACGCUUUACUACUCACCUAGUGAAAUUUACUAUGUACAAAAUCCUGCAAUUCUUGUAUUUGAUUUACCUUCAAAUGGUUGCCAGAGUAGACAAUUCAAAUUAAUUCGUCGCGUGGAAAUUCCUAAUCAUCUUUGGAAGAAUCCAGUUGGUUUCGUAUUUAUUACACCAGACUACCAACCCAAGGGAUCCUGCGAUGAUGUGUUUCUUUACACAAUUAAUAAUUUUGAUAAUAGUCUCAUAGUUUACGACUACAAACGUGGAGAUUUUUGGUCAUUUACUGAUGCGACCAUGAAGCCAAUCCUUGCAGAAGCAAACAUAUUCAUGGAUGUCGUUUACAAUAUUCCUCUUGGAAUUGCAAAUGUAGCUCUUGGAUGGUCAGACAAGAAUGGUGAUCGGAAUGCAUAUUUCGCUCCUGGUUCAAGUUUAGCUGAAUACAUUGUAUCCACUAAAGUUCUAAAAAGUUCCAAAAGCGCAUAUAAAGACACUUCCGACGAAUUUUCGCUAAUCGGCUAUCGUGGGUGUAACAGUCAAACUUAUAAGCAAGUUUUUGAUCCGACAACUGGAGUAAUUUUCUUCGGAGAUUUAUUUGCGCAUAGAGUUCAUUGUUGGAAUACCAGAUUACCUCUAAAUCCGGAUACAAUUGGUGUAGUUUAUGAAUCAGAUGAAAUAAUAUUUAUAUCGGAUAUUAGUAUAGAUUCAAAUGGUUAUUUAUGGUUUAUUUCAAGCUAUCUUCCCUAUAUGUUUAGUACACAAGAUCCUCUGAAUGUAACCGAAGUAAAUUCAAGAGUUUUCCGUGUUAAAGUAUAUGAUGCUAUUAAAGGAAAUGUUUGUGAUAUUUCCGCUUAUUACCUAACAUGAAAUUAGUUUUCUUUGCGGAUUUAAAGUUUACGAUGUAACAAUUCUUACCCAAUUGUGGAAAGAGAUGAGUUUCUUUAGUAGCUCAAAGUAAAUCAAUAAGUAAAUAUUAUGAAAAAAAAUCUACUAUUUUGCCUAAAAUUUAUCUAUAUUCUAAGAACAUAUCGAAGAAAAAGUAAAACUAAAGAAUUAAUUUGAUUAACUGAUAACUAAUACACUGUAAUACAUUUUUACAAAAAAAAAUAAUUAAAUGUUUUUUAAACCACUAAGGAAUAGGUACUUGCAAAAAUUGAUAAGACGUUUAAAAUAAAAUUCUUUUGAUUGAUC